UGACAAUCGGUGACGUUCUUAACAUUAAGUAUUAAGAAUAUUGUAUAACUAUUUUUUUAGUUGGUUUAAUAAGUUCAAUAAUUUUUUUAUUUUAAUUAAAACUCUAUUUUAAUUAACAGUUAUGCAAUGACGUUUAUCAUACAUUAAAAAUUAAUUUUAAAAAUUACUGCUAAAUUCAACUGAUAUUUACAAUGCGUUUAAUUCUCAUAAAUUUGUUAAUGAUUUUGUUGUAUUUCAACCAUUCCACGGCUUAUAUUUACAAAGUGUUGGAAAAUGAUAGUGUUUGUUCAAUUAGUUUUAUUUCAAAUAAUUUGAAUUUAAUUGGCCGUGAAGAUCAAUCUGCUAUGGUCAUUAAAGAGAGUAGAUAUUUUCAUCAUUGGAGUGGACAACGUGAAUUCAAAUGUCGUUUUACUGUAACUUCUACUUUAGGCCUUGGUAUAUUUGCUGUCAUACAGCGCUUAUCUUUUAGACGAAAUUCCAAAGGGCAAUGUAUUGACUACAUUCAAUUUCGACAUGCUGAGAAAACUAUUAGUUUUGCUGAUAUUUUUAAUGUCAAAAUUAAAUCAUCUGAAAAAUGGGGUGAUAAGAUCUGUGGUAAGAUAGAUGCAUUAGAAGUUGGCAUUGAUGCUGAAGAAUUCAACAGUAAUAGUAGUGAAGAAAUAAAUGAAGAUAAACAAGUUAUGAAUUCAUUUAUUGACAACAGAGGAUUACUUGAAGUUGUAAUACAUAUUGGCAAUAAAUCUUUAGAGGAAGGUGAAGAAUUGAACUUUGAAAUAGUUUUUACAGCAUAUCAGCAAGAUUGUAGAUUUGAGUCAAACAUUUGGAAAAGUUGUGGAUCAAAAACAUGCAUUUAUAAAGACUUUUUUAAUGAUGGUAAACUCAAUUGUCCUUAUAAAAGCUGCAAAGAUGAAGGUGGAUGUCGUUCAGUAUUUACAUUGAACGGAAAUAGUGAUCGUUUUGAUUCAACAUUUGGAACAAAAAUUUUAGCUGGAACAGUUGCUGGCUUGUUUACCAUGUUUGUAGCUUUUAUUGCAUUCUUAUGGCUAUUCAGGCAUUGUGGUACAGUUUUUUGUUGUUUAAGUCCUCCUAAUCCUCAUCCUCAUUCUUCAGAAAUGCAACCUGUACCCAAUAUUGAUAAUAUUGGUAUUAUGGCCUCUGCCCCACCUGAUUCAGUAGUUGCUAGUGGAGCUGAAAUUAGAGCACCGGAUAAAGAUCUCCCACCCUCAUAUGAAUCAUUGUUUCCUGAUAAAUAAGAACUGAUAAAUUUUAACUUAUUAAUAUUUAUUAACUAGGUUUUUUAUAGAUUUUUUUUUAUAACUGUUAUUGAUUGAAAUGCUUUUGACUUUAAAUCACGAACAAAUUAUAUUUAUACAAACCAGUGAUAAUUUAAAUACUAUAGUAAUUAGUCUUUAUAAAAUAUAUGGUACUGAUUAUAGUUGUUAGGGUAACACUCUUACUAUAAUAGGUUAUAUUUAUUCACCAAUAAUUUUUUAUUAAUUUUAUAGAGAACAAUUUUGAAACAAAAUUAUUUAAAAAUAAUCCUUGCUGUAUAAAAUUAUAUCACAAUGAAUAUAAAAUAUUUAUUAAAAUUUUAAUUCAAAUAAUAGAUAAAUAACUUAAAAUUAAAACUUUUUCCUUCUUUUUUAUUUGACUUUAAUAAUUGUAUAUAUUUAUAUAUUAUAUUCAUAGUUAAUGUGUAUAUAAUUUUUCUAACAUGAUAAAUCAUUUUUAGUAAGUUUAAAUUUUAAACCAGUUAUAUCAUGAAAUUUUGUAAAUAGUGUAAGAUAUAAUAUUUUCAGGCUUGUAAUUAAAAAAAAAAACAGAUUUUUUUAUACUUAGUAUUUUUAUUUUGUGUAAGUAUGGUCUAUAUAAUUUGCGCAAUAGUUCCAGAUUAAUAGGUAUAAAAAUUUCAAUCCCUCUUUUUACAUGUGAAACUAAUAAUUUAAUAAACAUAAUAUUUUAUUAUUAAAUUUUAAUUUUUAUCUGCCUACUCAUUAAAGAUAAAUAAUUAAAUAAAGAUAAAACACUGAAAAUAUAAGUGUUAUGAUUAAAUAUAUUUUACUUAUAUAUA